AUGACUCUUAAAGACAGAACAUGUCUCUCGAUGUUCAAGUCUUUGGUAAUUCGUCGUCGGAAGCCGGCCCAGACUUUAUUACAAGGCUUGCUGCCAGAGAUGGUCGAAGUAGUGGCCCUUUUCCUGGAGCCCGCCGACAUGUGUGCACUACGAAUGACAUGCAGGUCUCUCUAUAACAAAACAUACAUUGUGUUUUGGAGGACGUCGCUUCGAAACAUCCAAACAGAUCUAUCCCACGCCAGUCCGAAGAAACUGGAGGUGCUCUCAAACGAUCCCCAACUGCGUCGCUACGUACAUCACUUGACGUUCAAAGGGUUCGAUGAGGACAGCUAUAUCCUGGGAGAAGGGCUAGAGUGGAAUCGUCAUCCCUCCGGCCAUCUCAUCAACCUGCAAGACCAACCUGCCGUGAAACUGCUGCGGCCUAUCCUCUGUCGACUCGUCAACUGCAAAUCAUUUGAGUGCUGGUCCUAUUCCACUCCAGAUCACCCGGACCUUGAACCCAUUGCCAGAACUACAGAUGCAGUCCAGGUUUUCUUGGAUAUUGUUUCCGAGACCAGACUGCCAGUGGCUUCGUUUUCAGUCAACUUCCGGCCUUAUGGUAGUACAGGCAACAACUAUCUGGAUCCAAGACGGCUCCAUCCGGGCUAUUUUACAAAGGCUGGGUUUGUUGAUGUAUGGGCGCAGCUUGAGAAGCUCAUCUUGGACUUUAAUUCUGACUUCGAGAUCAUUCUCAAUUGGGCAACAGACUUGAUUCGACUUGCUCCCAACGUCAAGAAGUUGGAUAUGAGGCUCGAUGAACCUGAUAACGCUUUCAUUCUAAUUCAGCGCCUGGCCACAGACAGUUUUGUAUGGCCUCGAUUACAAGAGCUUCGAUUGGACUAUAUCAGCUCAAAAAUUGCAUGUCUCACAGCAGUGCUUCACAAAUGCCAGCAGACGCUUCGCGUUCUUUGUAUCGGGGACCUGAUCAUAGAUGCAAGUGUUGCUGACCUGAGACUGCUCUUUCAAAUUCUGAGCAGACAGUUUCCGUAUCUGGGGAAAGUCAAUUUCGGCGCAUGGUGGUCUCGUGGUACAGGUAUGCCUAGCGCCCUGGUCGUUCAUUACCCAGGGUUUCUUGACAAUUUGAAUAUGGACGAAACGGAGAAGGCCAGGGUUAGAGUCGUAUAUAGGGGUAUGAAAGGGCGGCGGAGGGCUCGUGUUGUGGCUUAUUCUGGACCUCAAGUGCGUGUUGUGUUGGAUACGCUGGCAAUAUCAGUGGAGCUUGCUUAA